AUGACAAAUAGUUUAACAUUUAAUUCAUAUGAAAAUGAUGAUGAUGAAAAACGUUUAUUAGAUAAUUAUCAAUAUUUAUCUGAACGACGAUUUUUAAAACAACGUUUAUAUCAUACGGCACUUACAUUAAAACGAAGUAUAUCACUUGAAGAUACUUCAACAGAUGUUGAUUUAAAUUUAUUAGAAAAACAAAAAGAUAAAUAUUCAUUAAAUUUAUCUCAAAUACAAAAUAAUCAAUUAAGUUCUUCAUUAAAUUCACUUUGUCUUAAACUUCGACGAUAUCAAUUAUUACCUGAAUAUAAUGAAGAUAUAGCUAAAUCAUCAGAUGAACAUAAUUUUAAUUGGUGGAUAACAGCUGCUCAUUUAAGACCUAUUCUUCAACGUGUUAUUAUGGCAGAUUAUGAACAAAUUGAAUAUUUUCCUGAAACAUAUGAUAAUGAUCAAGAUAUUACAUUUAAACAAUGUAAAAGACAAAAUCGUCGAAAUGCUGUAUGUAUGAAAAUUGAUCGACUUUAUUAUAAUGAUCAACUUUUUCUUUUUGCUACUAUUGCUAAUCAAGUUCAAUUAGAAUAUAGUCUUACUUUUUCAGGAUUUAAAGAUUAA